AAUAUAAAUAGUACAGAUACCCCAAAAAAACAACUUAAGUAGUACUUUCAAGUAUUUUUUACUUAAGUACUUUACACUACAGGAUAGCAGGACAACACCAGAUAAUAGUAAUAUAUCAUUAUGUGAUGUCAUGAGUAGAAUAAUAGAAUAUUCCAUGUUUUUGAUCAUACCCUCACAUUAACAAUGCUGUUCAAACAAAAGCUAACAAUGUAUGGAAAAUGACUUGCUUUUAUAUGGUCGUGUGGAGUAUGAACUGGUAUUAGCUAGCUUUGACUGGUUUGUCCGGCUGUGCCUCAUUCUCCUAGGUGCAGUUAGAUGCCACGUAAAGCCCAUUACUAUUGUAUAGGUAAGGCAGGACAGAGGAUGCCUAAACCUUAUGUAAUAUUGUUUACGAGGUGGCAUGGUAGCCUAGUGGUUAGAGCGUUGGACUAGUAACCGAAAGGUUGCAAGUUCAAAUCCCCAAGGUACAAAUCUGUCGUUCUGCCCCUGAACAAGGCAGUUUAACCCACUGUUCCUAGAAAAUAAUAAUUUGUUCUUAACUGACUUUCCUAGUAAAAUAAAAGUCAUGUGAGUAAGGGUAUAUAAGAUGACAGCAGUAUGUGUACUGGCAUAAUUCAUUAUAAAGUAAUGGAUUUGGUGUAUAAAUAAUAUUGUUAAAUACAGAGAUACCAGUCACAUCACUGUGAUUCCCAAGUGGAAACAGUGACUCAUUAAUCUGUGAACAAAUAUUUCAGAGAGAAUAACCCAGAUCAUUUGAAUGGGCUGAAACUAUUUUUGCAUCUCAGCUGUGGGAAUUUCAGCUGUGUCACUCUGGUUAGAGACAGAAAACCACCUCAUCCUGUCCAGACAACUGCAAAUAGACGUAUCAAACCUCUUCUUUAUAUGAAUAUACGCAUGUAAAGGUAGACCAAAAAAAAGCAUUUCACAGACCGACACAUAGUAGAAUAACAAUACAAUAAAUAUUAGUUGCUCUAGUUUGAGGUGGUUCUCACCUCUUCUUGAAAGUCACGAGUCAUGACUGUCUUAUGGCAGACUAACGUCUGCAAAGCAGUACCCGUGGCCCAAGUGUUUUUUUUAGGGCCUGUAACAUGUUUGCUCUUGGGACAAUGGAGAGGGGGAGAUGGGAAACCUGUUACAUCAGUACAACAGAGAAAGGAGUGCAGGUGCCUUCACAGGGAGGGGCCUAGCUGAAGGCAGAUGACGUGACCUUGCCUUUGCUUUCUACCAUUCCACAUCCCCAUAGACUGUUCUUGAAGGGUUGAGUGAGCAUCAGAAUCAACGAUAUUCCAAAAGUCCCUGGAGAACUAUUUGCCAUACAUUUUCAGCCUUAUCAUCAUUUGAGCUCAUUGAACUUGAACUUGAUUUAAUCAAUGACUGCAUACUAGAAAGAGGAGAGUUAGUCUACCAAGAGGUUUUGGCAACGCUGGAGUGGAUCAAGAGAAGUUGAAGGAAUAUUUGUGAUCGUCCAUUUGUUGCCUUUUCAUCAUUUGAGAUUAUUCCACCACCUGCAUACUUGGAAGAGGAGAAAAGCCCAUUGUGACAUCUCAGUACAUUUAAAAAGGCGCCACCAGCAGACCAUUCAAGAUGGAUAAAUUCCGUAUGAUGUUCCAAUUCCUCCAAUCCAACCAGGAGUCAUUCAUGAAUGGCAUCUGUGGUAUCAUGGCCCUAGCUAGCGCCCAGCUCUACUCAGCCUUCGAGUUUAGCUGCCCUUGUAUCCCGGAGUACAACUACGCCUACGGGAUUGGACUGCUGGUUAUCCCACCUAUAUGGUUCUUCCUACUAGGGUUCGUGUUGAAUAACAAUGUUUCGAUGUUAGCUGAGGAGUGGAAAAGGCCGACGGGGAAGAGGGUGAAGGAUCCGACGAUCCUUCGUUACAUGUUCGUUUCGAUCACGCAGCGGUCCUUGAUCGCGCCCAUGGUGUGGAUAUCUGUGACUCUUAUGGACGGGAAGAGCUUCCUGUGUGCGUUCAGCGUCAACUUGGACAUUCAUCAGUUUGGGAAUUCGACCCUCAUUGAGGGAAUGACGGAAGUGGAGAUUGUUAAAUUGUUAGCGAAGAUUCCAUGCAAGAAUAUCUUCAAUCAGCCCGAGGUGAUAUCGAGAGAAGCGGCAUCGAGAUAUAUCAAGUGUAUAUCCCAGGCGUUUGGCUGGGUAUUCCUGCUGCUGAUGACCUUAGCAGCCUUCAUGAUACGAGCCAUCCGACCCUGCUUCACCCAAGCUGCCUUCCUCAAGACCAAAUACUGGUCUCACUACGUCGACAUCGAACGCAAGCUCUUCGACGAGACGUGCAAGGAGCACGCCAAGACCUUCGCCAAGGUCUGCAUCCAGCAGUACUUUGAGAGCAUCAGCGGCGACAUGCGCAGCUUCCACAAGCACCGGUCAAGCAAAGACGAUAGCGACGAUGAUGAUGAUGACAAGAAGAAGAGCGACGAGGACAAGCUUCUCGGGAUCCACGACCAGGACGAUAUGAAUAAAGUUCUGUGGAAUUGGCACACGUGUAAGCCGCCUCUGGCACUGAGGAAGGAACAGUCGGAUGGAGAAUCCCAUGAAGGGCUCAUACCAAAUGGAGACGUCCAUGGAGUCAGUGGAGGACCAAAUGGAUAUGCUAACGGUCACGCUCCUGAUUUGCCUAAGAGGGAAUGGGCGGUAUACUACAGCAAAGUUUGAACAUUUCAAAAGAGGAAAAAGCACCAUUCACUGUGGCAUGGAUAUUUUUGAUUGACUAUUUAGACUGAUAAGACUGAUUGUCCUUUACGAUUUAGACUGUGGUUUAAAGAUAGAAUUGAAGUCCUUUUUGUGGUGUGAUCAUUUAUAAUAAUUCAUAUUUUGAUGGAGGGCUUAGUUGGAAAUGAUUCCUGGCAUCCAACAUCAAACACUCCCAAAUUGGCACGUUUGUUGCUCCUUGGUUUCAGAGUGGUUAACUGUAUUUUUUGUUAGAGUACCCAAAGGGGGAACCUUACUUGAGUUGUUGUACAUAAUGUGUCAGAUAUGUCAUGAGGAUGUACAGUCUGUUUCUUGUUAUUACUGCUAUGUGUAGACUUUAAAAAAUGCUUUAUCAAUUAAACCAAACAUCAAAUGGCUCCUCGUAGAAUCUCUAUGAAAUGUUUCCUUUAGCCUAACGCUACUGUGGAAGCCUAAAUUCCUAACUUUUUUAUUCAUCCUAGCUUACAUAAAAAGCAUAAAUCUGAGACACCACCCCCCUCCCUAAAAUGUGUUUGUAAUAUUUUAUUUUGUGUUCCUACCAGGAAAUACAGUAGAAGUCAGAAGUUUACAUACACCGUGGCCAGAUACAUUUAAACUCAGUUUCUCACAAUUCCUGACAUUUAAUCCCAGUAAAA